AUGAAGCUCUUACCGAAGCCCGAUUCGAUUCAAAUUCGUGAGGUGUGGAACGAUAAUUUUGAGGAGGAAUUUGCUUUGAUACGAAAAAUUGUCGAUGACUAUCCGUAUGUUGCUAUGGACACCGAGUUUCCUGGCAUUGUUCUUCGUCCGGUGGGCAAUUUCAAGAACAGCUAUGACUACCAUUACCAAACCUUGAAGGAUAAUGUAGAUAUGCUCAAGCUGAUUCAACUGGGUCUCACAUUUUCUGAUGAGCAAGGGAAUUUACCCACUUGUGGAACUGAUAAACACUGCAUUUGGCAGUUUAAUUUCCGGGAAUUCAAUCUCAAUGAGGAUGUUUUUGCCAAUGAUUCUAUUGAGCUUUUGCGCCAAAGUGGCAUUGAUUUUAAGAAAAACAAUGAGAAGGGUAUUGAUGCAAAGAGGUUUGGCGAGCUCUUAAUGUCGUCUGGGAUUGUGUUGAAUGAUAGUGUGCAUUGGGUCACUUUCCAUAGUGGGUAUGAUUUUGGAUACUUGAUUAAGCUUUUGACUUGCCAGAACUUGCCCGAGACGCAAGCAGAGUUCUUUAAUUUGAUCAAUAUUUACUUUCCGACAAUAUACGAUAUCAAGCAUCUGAUGAAGUUUUGCAAUAGCCUUCAUGGUGGAUUGAACAAGCUUGCAGAAUUGUUGGAAGUGGAGAGAGUUGGUAUUUGUCAUCAGGCAGGUUCUGAUAGUUUGCUUACAUCUUGUACGUUCAGAAAAUUGAAAGAGAGUUUCUUUAAUGGUUCUUUGGAGAAGUAUGCUGGUGUCUUGUAUGGUUUAGGUGUUGAGAAUGGACUAAAUACUCUUUAA